AAACCUAUUUAUUAUGGUUAUACAUCUGGAAAAACGCACAAACACUGCCUCGUAGUACAAUAAUCGUUGCAUAUUAUCAACCAUCAUCGAGCGUCCUAAAUGUAGAUAGUGAUAAAGGAAUUUCUGCUCAGUCUGCUGUAGGAACUCGACUGCUUUGCAUCAUCGGGUUCAAUUUGAGUGAUUAUAAUGACUUCCUUGGCACUGUCUCGUGUUAAUUUCAACCUUCUAUCGAGAAAAUCUUUUCAGAAUGCACUCAAAACAUCCUCUCGUGGUUUAAAUUUACUCGAGUAUCAAAGUAAAAAGCUUCUGGAGGAAAGUGGCGUUGCUAUACAGGCCUUCCGGGUGUUGGAGGGUCGUAAAGAUGAAGACAUUUUAAAGGAUUUCAACGUACGUGAAUAUGUUGUGAAGGCACAGAUUCUCGCCGGCGGCCGAGGCAAAGGUCACUUUGAUAAUGGUUUCAAGGGAGGGGUCCAUAUCACCAAGCAACGCGGGGAUGUGAUUCCUCUGGUGGAAAAAAUGGUAGGCGCUAAGUUGAUAACCAAGCAAACUCCGAAAGAUGGGAUUCUUGUGAAGAAGGUGAUGGUCGCCGAUAGUAUCAACAUAGUUCGUGAGACAUAUCUGUCGAUAGUGAUGGAUCGCGAACAUAAUGGACCAGUGCUGAUUGCUUCGCCUGCCGGAGGAAUGGACAUAGAAGCUGUGGCAGAGGAGACACCGGAGAAAAUCAAAACCAUGCCGAUUCCCGUGAUAGAGGGUAUUACUCGCGUGCAAGCACUUGAUGUUGCCCGUUUCUUGGAGUUCGAAGGAGCACUGGCGGAGAAGGCCGCCGGUGAGAUUGAGAAAUUGUACAAACUGUUCCUGAAAGUAGAUGCGACACAAAUUGAGAUUAACCCCCUGGCGGAAACCGAUGAUGGCCGAGUAAUUUCCGUUGAUGCCAAGUUGAAUUUUGAUGACAACGCCGAGUUUCGACAGAAGGACAUUUUCGCGAUGGACGUUCACGAGGAUGCCGACCCGAAGGAGGUGGAAGCAAGCAAAUACAAUCUCAACUACAUCGCAAUGGAGGGUAACAUUGGUUGUUUGGUGAAUGGAGCCGGCUUGGCAAUGGCAACAAUGGACAUUAUCAAAUUGAACGGAGGCAGCCCGGCAAACUUCCUAGAUGUGGGUGGUAAUGUAAAGGAAGAGCAAGUAUUGAAGGCGUUCCAAAUUUUAACCUCAGACCAAAACGUAAAAGUGAUUCUGGUGAAUGUUUUCGGCGGGAUUGUUAACUGUGCCACCAUUGCUAACGGAAUUGUUAAUGCUUCCAAAACGAUCGGACUCAAAGUACCGCUGGUUGUACGACUGGAAGGUACAAACGUGGAUGCAGCUAAGAAGUUAUUGAAGGAAUCAGGACUGAAAAUCGACUCCGCUCAGGACCUUGACGAGGCAGCCAAGAAGGCUGUCAAAGCGCUAUGCUAAAUUAGUACUUCAUAAAAAAAAUCGCUUCAGUUAAGUGCAUUUAUUGUUAAGAUUUUACAGGUAAAUAUGUAAAGAACGAAUUUUCAAAUACAGUUUAAUUUUUUUAGUACCAACCUUUUUGAUUUGAAGGUAAAGAAUGAAAAUUUGAGCUUCCCCAUUUCGCUGUUAAAUAUAGAAAAAGAAAACAACGCUUGUAGUAGUUCCGACCAGAUUCAGCUUUAAUGAUAUCCAUCUUGAAAGUAAAAAAUGAACAUUUGUAUUCCUUGACAACUUUCUGUUGUUCCUGCGUGUGUGUGUUUUUCUUAACGAUUAUUCCCUUCUGCUCAGUACAUUUGCGGUUUGACUAUGCGCUGCUGUGCAAUACAUUUCUGUAUUUCUUCGAUUCAUUCCGUUCGUCUCACGAUUCAGCUUUAUUGAGUUACUUUCGAUCAACAAGAUCUAUCUGGACUUUGAUGUAGUCUUAGAAACAUAAAUUUCUAAAAAUCUAUUUACAUUUCGUCACCUUAACUCGGUCUAACAUGAAAAGUACGUCUAAUGUUUAGAUUUCGCUUUCGCUCAUUGCUUUUUUUUUCUCGAGCUAUCAAUCAAUACACGUUCAGUCGAUACUAAUCAGAGCGCGGUGAAAAAUACAAAUAAUAUUUCAGGCAAUUUAUAUCGACGGAUCUCACAUCUUUCAUUCAGUGUCCUUUGUGUGGAAGUCAUCCUUGGAAGCGAAGGUGUUUGUCUGUACUCCCUUUUUUAGUGUACACCGUAAGGUAAGGUUCUCCUGUCCUAAAUUUACUAAACACUAUCAGGAAAAUAAAAAAAAAUCAAAUGCAAAUCUUCUUUUUCU